AUGUUUUGCAUUGAAUGUGGGGUGGUUUUAGGCCCCACAAACAAGUUUUGUGGUUCAUGUGGCGCCCCAGUCUGUGUCAAAAGGAAAGUAACAACAGAACCUGACACAGCCAAACCAGGGCCAUCAAAAUCUUUUGAUGAGUCAGCAAAAGGAUGCUUCUCGCCAAAUGGAAGUCCAUCUUUGCAUAAGAAGAGAGAAGAGGUACAGUCCAAACUUGACUUUUUAAAGGCCAAGUUUUUGGAUAGUAAGAAAAAAAUGUCCAGCAAAAGAUUAGGUGGACACACUAAAUCUUCAGGGUUGGAGAUUUUGGAAGUCCGUUUUUUGGACAACCGUGGAAAGAGGCUGCAGAGGGUGAUAAAUGGCAGCUCGUCAUUAUUACUGGAAGUGGAAUCUUCCAGUGCCGUCCCGGAGUGGAUGGCUCUCUUAAGUGCAAAGUUCAAGACACAGAUUCCUAGGGAAGCGAUGGUAUUUAAAGAGCACAAAUUCAUUGCACUCAAAGAUACGACAAGAAACAUUUUGGGUUUUUUGUUCAAGUGCAUGCCUGAGAAGACCACUUCAGCCAAUGAAUCCCCAGAGAAGACCACUUCAGCAAAUGAAUCUCCAGAGAAGACCACCUCAGCCAAAGAAUCUCUGAAGCAGAAACGUCACGAUAUCAUACUGUCUGAUUCUUCAGAGGACGAGUUGGAAGAGCCUAAGCAGAGAAGUCUGGAUAUCAUACUGUCUGAUUCUUCAGAGGACGAGUUUGAAGAGCCUAAAAGAAAAAAGAAGACAGAAAAUUUGCCACAGACUAGUACACCUGAAAGAAAACGAUCUAAACGGGUAAGAACUGGGUACGUUACGUAUAACAGAGCGGCCCUGUCUCCAAAUUUGAUUUGA